GUUCUUUAUACAUACUCUACCCUCUGUCCGAAACACUCUUCUUUCCCCCUUUGCCUAGUCAGCUACUAGUCAGCUGGUGUCACAUUCUCAAGGAAGCCUCCUCGGACUCCCAAGUUCAGACCAUAAGCUCCUGUAACUUCUCUGAAAAACCUUGUUCCUCUCUGAAGAGCACAUAUCUGUUUGUAUUUGAACACAUGUGUAAUUGUUUAAUUGUUUGAUGAUGGGUGCUCUCACUCUGCCCUUUCUUAACAUAGUUUUUAGUUCAGGAGUUCCUCGUUGCGUCCCCAGUGCCUGGCAUAGUGUCUGGCACACAGCAGGUGCUCACAAUUUGUUGGACGAAAAAUAAAUAGACGAAUUCUGCUUCCCUGCAUUGGGCCAUCCAUCUGUGAUAACUGUGAGUGCCUCCAUCCCCAGACUGGGGUGUGUCCCUCCGGGGUCGGACUUUAGCACCACAUCCAGGGUGGCAGGAGGCUGUGCUCUUUGGUUUGCCUAUCUCGGGCUUCCCGCUCAGCGGCGCAGACACGGAACCCACAGCUGGGGCGUGUCGCGCAGUUACGCGGAACCUCCCUGCCUCCGCCCGUCAGUUAUGUACUCUACCCCGGCAGGAAUCGAGCUAAGACCGAGAAGUCUCCUGGCACUUCCGGACGUGGGAAUUACAGGCUUGGACAUCAAACCCACGCGGGUGUCCUCAUGACUUCCCCUGCAGACCAUGUCUAUGAUCCUUUUUGCCUGUGUGGUGAGGGUGAGGGAUGGACUGCCCCUCUCGGCCUCCACUGACUUCUACCACACCCAGGAUUUUCUGGAAUGCCGGAGACGGCUCAAGACUUUAGCCUUGCAACUGGCCCAGUACCCAGGUCGAGGUUCUGCCGAAGGACGUGACUUCAAUAUACAUUUUUCUUCUUUGCGGGAUGUGGCUUGCAUGGCUAUCUGCUCCCGCCAGUGUCCAGUGGCCAUGGCCUUCAGCUUCCUGGAGACCCUGUGGUGGGAAUUCACAGCUUCCUACGACACCACCUGUAUUGGCCUAGCCUCCAGGCCAUACGCCUUUCUCGAGUUUGACAGUAUCAUUCAGAACGUGAAGUGGCAUUUUAACCAUGUAAGUUCCAUUCAGAUGGAGAGCAGCUUGGAAAAAAUUCAGGAGGAGCUGGAGUUCCAGCCUCCAGUGGUUCUCACUCUGGAGGACACGGAUGUGGCAAAUGGGCUAAUGAACGGUCACACACAGAUACACUUGGAGCCUGCUCCUAAUUUCCGAAUGGAACCAGUGACAGCCCUGGGUGUCCUCUCACUUAUUCUCAACAUCAUGUGUGCUGCUCUGAAUCUCAUCCGUGGGAUUCACCUCGCAGAACAUUCUUUACAGGUUGUCCAUGAGGAAAUUGGAAAUAUUCUGGCUUUUCUUAUUCCUUUUGUAGCCUGUAUUUUCCAGUGUUAUUUGUACCUGUUCUACAGUCCAGCCAGGACUAUGAAGGUGGUGUUCCUGCUGCUCUUUAUCUGCCUGGGCAACAUGUACCUGCACGGGCUGCGGAACGUCUGGCAAAUCCUCUUCCACAUAGCGGUGGCUUUUCUGUCCUCGUAUCAGAUCCUGACCAGGCAGCUUCAGGAGAAGCAGUCUGACUGCGGAGUUUGAAGGCGACACUGUAUGACGAACGGAUCCUUUGGCUUUCUCAGGAGGGUCAUCUCUGUUUCCCUUCUGGCUUCUCGACUUCACCUCAAGUUUCCACCCUUGAAGUUCCCUUCGACCAAACCAGGCCGAGCCCGAGAAAGUGGGGGAUUUUUAACAGGUGCAGUGGAAGGCAGGAGGUGGCUUGAGACCCAGGCCCGGUUUUGUGCUGAGCGUUACAGCCAAAUCUCCAGGUCUGCACCUCUCCUUAGGUGAGGAUCUGGGGGCUCACUCCCAGGGAGCAUUAUUGGAAGAUCAGAACGGAAUUGUUUUGGUCUUUAAAUUGAAUGAUGCAAUAAACCACGAGAUUCAAUAACACUAGUUUUAGUAGCUGGCAGUUGUCUCUGAGGAACCUUACUUUAAAACCCGUAUCAGCUUUUCAGUCUAAAUGUGACUUGGUUAGUUUUUUGUAGAGGGUCAAUACAGGGUGAAUUAAAGAUUUUAAAAUAUGGCUCAGAAAUAUAAGCUAGAUAAAUUUUGUUUACAUUUUUUGAUAACUUAGGUCCAAUAUGAUACCUUUAGAAUAUUUAAAUGUAUUUUGGAUAUAAAUUGUGAACUUAUCUUCAUUAAGGGAAAGGACAAACUUAAGCUGAGAAAAUGGUUAAGAAAUCUGAAUUUAUUUAAUUUAUAUAUAACGUUUUAUGGUGGUGGGGCUGCGUGGGUACAGAAAUGUUUUGUAUUUAUUUGCAGGGUAUAUCUGAGUAUUUUAAAAAUUUGAGUGACCAGUGCUACUGGAUCCUAGCUUAUGAGCAUGAGCAUGAGCUUAUAAACCUGAGAAUUUCAGGAUUCUUUGCAGUGGGCCACAGACCGGAGUAGGUGAAUCACAUAGUGGCACUUUACAGAUGCAGGUGGUAUUGAAAAAAAAAAAAACUAUUGUCAUCAGCCAUGUACAUGGCAGCCGAGUGCCUGUCAUUUUAAUGAUGAUCAAUGCCUGACCCUGUGUGCCUGUUCCCAGAAGCACUCCCAAAUUAAUUACUCCUUGACACCUUUCCCAGUCAUCAUAAUUAGAUUGAGGGCCUCAUUUUUUUUUUUUUUGAAGGCCUCAUUCUUUAUGAACAGGAGUUAAGUAGGUAUUAACUUUUUUAAAGCUUCAUAAAGAUAUAAUUAACCCUGUGCUCUGCAAAGUUACUUUUCUUGUCUCAUUGUCAAAAUAGUUGAUUGGUCACAGCUUUCCGAAAUGGGGCUCUAAAUAAGAUCGCUUAGAUCUCCAGAAAUUUCAGCCUGGGUUGUCCAGUACCACUCAGGAGGCCAUUUUGGGAGCUUGCCCUUUGGAUUCUUCUUGGUAGAAGUCUGGAAUCUGAAUAGCCCAACUGCAAUUGCAUGGGAUUUGGGGUUGAAUUAUGUGGUCUUGAUAAAUGAAAAAAUCCCACUUUGAUAGUUUUUAAAAGUUGAAAACCAUUGCAAGAGUUAUUAAGUAUGUGGGGAAAGCAAGAACAUUAUUUUAGGGAAUUCCGUUGUACUUGGUUGUGUACUGUUAGUGCAUUGCUAUUGAGCUACCUUGAUGUCACUUUAAGAAAAUCAAGUUCAUGUGACUGACAACUGUUGGGAAAAUGUUGCUGCAGUCAUUUUAUUUUCUUAUAAUAUAGUUUUCUAUUUUUAAUCAAACAAUAUCUGGUUGUGAAAGGUAUAUUGGCACCAUCCUCAGAUAUCAAGUUCACAGUUGUCUCUCCUUGGAUUCUGUAUCUUCAUAGUCUUCUGCGUACCCAGCAGGUGAAUCUAAAGGCUUUCUGGGACAUAAUUUUGAAGAGAUGAUAAAAUAGAAUGGGAAGCCAAGGAGGGGAGACAAAUCCUUGUACAUUAGAAGCACCAAAAAAAAAAAAAAAAUGCUUUAAAAGUUGAUAAGAACAGCUUACAAGUGAAUUGUGGGGUUUUUUUCCUUUUUCUUUUUUCAAGCCCUUGUGUUAUUGGUGUUGCCACGUAGCCCUGUACCCCAGAUGCUCUUGCUCUUGGGGUCUGAGCCUGUGAUCCACAUCCAGCAGACCCUGAAGAGGAGUCCCUCCUGGUGAAUGCUUCCUACACCAGCAGGGAGGUUAUCUACACUUGGUUGAAUGUGGUUGUCAUCAGUUAGCAUCUACAUGGGGUUUGAGGUUGAUUUUUGCAAACAAAAGGGAAAAGAUGCACAAACAGUACAAAACAAUGACCACAUAAACAUUGUUUAACUAGAAUCCAGCUGAAAGAAGCCUCAGCUCACUGGAGGAAGAGACAAGCAAGAGGAAAGAAGUUCUGGGAAUAUUGUCCAAUGGAAAUCCCAGGCUGAGGGUUGACCUGGUUCAGGCUGGAAUUUUGUGCCCUCCCCACCCCUCACCCCCCGCCGUGUCAUCCUUGAUGCCAGAAAGCUGGCCCCCCAUCGCAGGAGUUAUCCUCACUACCCCACAGACUCAUUGCUGUUCUAGCACUUUGUUUUCCCAGGGGUUAAAUGCUACCUGCCCAACUGACCUCGCAGGGCUAGAUCUGGGAAUAGAUGAAAUCAUAUUGGAAACAAACCUUCAAAGUGCCUUCUGGGAUCAGAUGCUGCAAGAUCUUAAUAUCAGAGUAUGUUAUUCCCAUCUACUGUUUCGGGCUGGGAAUGUGGCUCAGGGCUUUUCACCAGGGUUUCCCAACCAAGGGGCCAAGGCCCAAAGGGUUUUCCCUUCCCCAAGUAUGCUGGUCAAAGAAAUGCGCAGACUCUGGUUUUCAUUUCCCUAGGCUAGCCUUACCACGAUGAGGAUCGUUCCUGAGUUUCUUUUUCCUGGGUGGAGACAAUCGGGGGCAUAUCUGGGGUGGCACUUCCUCUCAGUAUGGGAGGCCCCACCACCGGCAGCAGAAGGAAUGUGACCAGAGGCAUCUGGUUUUGCUUCUCAGGCUUGCACUCUUACUACCUGUGAACUCUGUUGCAGGCAUCGUGAGGCAAGGCCCACCAUUUUAAAGUUCCUUAAGGGGUGGGCCAAAGGGUGUCAAGAAGAGUGCUGAAAUUCAGACAUUCCGUCUCAUUUCCAUCACCUCACCUGGAGCGCCCUGUUCCUUUUCUAGGUGCCCCCAUUCUCCAGGACUUCUCUGCCUCUUUCCAUGUCUGUCCCACGCAUUCCAGCCCUGGACACAGGCUGGACCUGGAAUCUCUUGGAGGGAUGAGAAAGCCAUCUUUGAUUGUAGUUGCUGGGGUGGGUACAGGAGCUUCAGAGUGGGGGCAGACUGCAGUGAGGCCCAGCUCUCUUCCUCUUUGCUCCUGGGAGCUUCAGCACACACUUAGGAGUCCACCCUCAGAGGGGAGUAGCACUUCGGUGCUCAGAGUCAAAGGUGACACCCAGCGGGGCCAGCUGUUGGGGACGUGGAAAGCAGGAGACAGAUGGGGAGCAGAGCCGGGGGCACAUUGGGGCCGCAUGCGGCACCAUCCAGGGCUGCUAUUUGCUGUUCCUUGAAGGAGUCAGCCACUCAUUGUAACACGCGGGAUGGGUGGCCUUAGGAGUCUGCUGCCGUGCGUGCCCAGAGCAGCACAGGUGAGGACCAGUAGGCAUGGGAGUGUUUGUGGGGACAGAUGUGCGCCCCUGCUCUGGUGUGGCUCGCAUUCCAGAUGUUCCUGCACAGAAUCCUGCCCAGGUACGGGGAAGCUCCACUGUGCACUGUGUUAAUAAUGGUGGAGGAAGAGAGAGGAGAUGUGCCCGUGAGAGACGGGGGAGGCCUGGGGAUCAGCUUGACUCUUCCACUCAGCCCUGCACCACCGGGGGCAAGUCAUGCCCACGGGCCUCAGUGUCCUUAACUGGGCAGUUCCCCUGGCGUGCUCUCAUGAGGCUAAAAGCCUAGUGGAGGAAAGUACUGGGUGAAUCCCUUGGUCGCCAGCAGGAGGAGAAAGACUUUCACCCGAUACAAGGAGGUCCAUGCUUCAGGCAGCACGGUGUGGCUGUGUCUUCCAGGUUUUACAAAACCGGCAUUUUAUCAAGACUGCAAUGUAAACGGACUCAUUCUUUCACUCUAGAAAGGAAGUGGCCUCUCUUUCUCCUCCUUGAACCUGCCUCCUGCCCUCUACUCCCAGAGCUCUUGGUACCAUUGGCAUUGGGCCCUCCAGGGUCCAGGGAGGCCGGUUCUGCGGGUUGAAGCAAACCUCAGGGUCCGUCCCCGACCCAAAUGAGGAGAGCUCUGAUUCUCCCAUCUGGGAGCAGUGACGUCAGACUUCUGUUUCUGGGGAAACGUCUUGGCAGGGAACCUGUGGAAAAGGGCUUGUCGGUGAGAUCUGGGAAUGGCCGGAUAUGGAAACAUCUGCCCAUGUGUACUGAUGGCAGAGCCACCGCCCACAAGCGCCUUUUAUUUAGGGUAAAAUGAUCAAAUCCAUCGUUCUAACCUGUGCUUCUUUAGCCCUCAUGUGAUCCCAGGGUUACUUCAGAAGUAUUAUUUCACGAAUUAUUCAUAUGACUUGACCCCCCCAGAAUUCUGUUUUAUUUAAUAGACUUUUCUACUAAGAGCAUAAAAGGUUGCAGCUGAUUGAGCCAGGGCAAAACGAUUGACUUCACAUAUUUGUUUUGAAUGCUUGCUGUCCAUGUCGUACAAGCUUCUUACUGUUUUCAUGUAAAAACAAAGAUCUAUUUUGAAUAAAUGAUGGGUAUGUUUUAACAGACUCUCACACAGUAGUAAAGCCUAAACUCGUGUUAACGUAUGUAAAGAAUAUUGUAUAGCCAUUUAUAUACCAUGUAUAUAUAAAUCAAAUAAGGUUGCUUCAGAAGUGAGAGGAGAAUAAAUCUAAGGUGCUUAUUAA